AUUCCUCAACCUUUUCCACACACUAUAAAAACAGUUAAAAGGUGAAAGUCCAAGCACACGAUCCCAUAAUGGAAGAAACAACAACAACAAUCAUGGCUGCUCUGGCCACACUCAGCCCACCCCAACUCUCAGAUCUUACCCACACCAUCCUCUCUCAAACCCACCACCACCUCCUCCGCCUCUCCUCUCUCCUCUCCUCUCCUAUCCUCUUCUCUCUCACCCUCCACCGCCUCAACUCCAUCUCUCUCCCACACAAGACUCUCCUCAUCGCCAACCACCUCCUCUCCUCCCUCCACCAUCUCACCCUCCACUUCCAACCCAACCCGCCACCGCCGCGUGUCAAGCAACGAGACCUCGACUCUGUUCUGCUGCUCCUCUUGCUCUGCGAUGUACACCAGCACAACCCAGAAGCCCUCCAAGCACCAACAUCAAAAUGGCGCCAAAUUCUGAGCAACUUGUACUCUGACGACAUGUUGACGGUGUCAGGCAUUGGUGUGUAUAAUGGGUCGGCUUUGGUUUCUUACAUUGAGGUGCUGACGAGGUGCUUGAGAUUUGUCAGUGUGAUGGGUUUUUGCUAUGGCGGGAAAGUGGGGAGAGAGGUGGCGGCGUCGCCGGCGGUGGUGGUGGCGCUGCCAUCGGUGGAGGUGAGAGGUGGGGGGAGUGAGUGUGUGAUAUGUAAAGAGGAGAUGAAAGAAAACAGAGAUGUGUGUGAAUUGCCAUGUCGGCACUUGUUUCAUUGGAUGUGUAUUUUGCGGUGGCUGAAGAAGAGGAACACUUGUCCAUGCUGUAGAUUUAGGCUUCCCACCGAUGAUGUAUUUGGGGAGAUCCAACGGCUGUUGGAGGUUUUGGUCAAGAUUGGUAAUGAAAAGGGUUUAAUCUAAGGGCAUUGAUUAGCUGAGAUCGGGUACCAAUCUUCAGUGUAUUUAACUUAAUUCCAGUGAUUGUGUAUUUUUCUUCAUACAAGCGAUAUUAGAGGGGGAAGAUUCGAACGCAUAA